AUGGACAGAGAGGGGGAAGACGAUGAAGAAGAAGAAGAAGAAGAAGGGGUAAUAGCAGGAGAGAGAGAGGAGCAAGCGAAAGAAGGUUUGUUUUUUCUCUCAAAACACGACAAAAUCAUAUGGUCCUCCAUAGCGUACGAUAAACAAGAGCAGGGUAGAAAAGACAAGGGCGGUGAGGCUAUGCUGCCCCCGUCCCCGCUGAUGCAAUCAUCGCUGUUACCGCCGACAACCGGCCCACCCGAACCGACUGAAUAUUCUCUCGUCCACGCCCGCGACAUCGCCUCCACUUUUUUCAUGUUCAUCACCCCGUCGAUAGAACGCAAAAUCUUGGAGAUGACUAAUUUGGAGGGGAGACAGAAAAUUGGAGAUGGCUGGAAACGCAUGGAUGCACCAGACACACCACUGACAAACUGGCGGCCAUAAGAGAGGUCUGGGACACGUGGUCUGAGCAGCUGCCAUACCUCUACACCCCCGGGCCGUAGAUAACGGUGUACGAACAGCUGGUUCCGUUUACAGGGCGUUGCCCCUUUCGGCAGUAUAUUCCCAGCAAGCCAGCGAAAUACGGGAUCAAGACAUGGGUGGCGUGUGACUCUAAAACCAGUUACGCUUGGAAGAUGCAAGUGUACACAGGGAAGGCCAUGGCCACAGAUGCAGAUGCAGCUGCAGCUGCGGGUGGUGGAGGAGGAGGAGGAGGAGGAGGACGACGACGACGACGACGACGAGAAGACUCGGGCCCAUGCGCAGGCCACGACCCGGAAAAGAACCUGGGGAUGCAAGUCUUGCACGAUGUCACCGAAGGACUGAGGGAUCGCAAUGUCACCUGCGACAAUUUCUUCACCUCUUACGAACUCGGGCAGCAGCUGCUGAAAAGGAAGAUGACCAUGGUUGGCACCGUUCGAAAAAAGAAGCCUGAGUGGGAGCUCGGGCUGCUCUCGCUGAAAGGAAGAGCGGUGUUCUCAUAGAAAUUUGCCUUAUGUGCCCAAGAAAAACAAAAACGUGCUGCUGGUUAGCACAAAGCACACGGAGGCCGAAGUCACUGAUUGCCACGACAGAAAGCCGGUCAUCAUACUAGACUACAACCGCUGCAAAGGAGGUGUCGAUAACCUCGACAAGGUGAUUGGAACCUACAGCUGUAGAAGGAUGACGGCUCGCUGGCCCUUGGUCGUGUUCCACAACAUCGUUGACGUUUCCUCCUACAAUGCCUUUGUGAUAUGGAGAGAACUAAACCCUGAAUGGAUGCCUCAGAAGCGGAACAAGAGAAGGGUGUUCCUAGAGCGGCUGGGAAAGGCGCUGGUGACUCCGUUGAUAGAAAGAAGGGAGCGUCUUCCUCGCACAGAAGUGUCAGCGGCAGUUGUCCGAGGCGUUCGGAGGGCCGUGUCUAGAUCUAGAACUCGCGGUGAGGGUGAGGAUGUGGAAGUAACAGAAGCCGCCGGAGCGGCGUCAGGAGCAGAUGACCCGACCGGGGCGAGGAAGAGGUGUCAGUUUUGCCCACGGGCAAAGGACAACAAAACUUCCACUGUGUGCAGUGGGUGUAAAAAAUAUAUCUGCAAAAGUUGUUCACUUCCAUACCGCGCUGAGUGUGCUGCUGAGAAUUUUGAGACAGAUUGA